AUGGAGGGACGAACAGAAGCCAUGCGCCCUGGCCGAGACUCCGACUCUCGAGAAGGGAUGUCGCAACGGGUGAGCAAAGAAGACGUCAUGAUCACUUUAUCUGUCUCUCCCGAACCACUGGCGCCCCCUCGGACCCGAUCCCCUAUUGCCCGAUCGCAUCUGCGCUCGCGGUCACUGGUGGGAAUCCCCGGUAUGCCAUCGAUGACGCGCGCAUACUCUUCCCCAGGGCUGGACUCUCGGGGGAGAUAUAUCUUCGUCAACGGCCGCGGGAUGCCCACAUCGGCGCUCGACGCCUCGAAGCGACCCUUGCCCUUGCAGAUGCGCCCGGACGACCAUAUCGAAACCCGCCUCGGGUCACUCAAUAUCUCCGAAACAAUCUCUGAGAACGACGAACUCCAGACCGGCCCCGGCUCGCCCUCCUCGCAAUCUAACUCCCCGGUGCUCGCGCCCCAGCAUUUCCCUCGGCGCCUGCGUUCUACCUCUCCUCUUCAUUUCCAGCAGCCUAUGAUCAGCCCGCCGUCGCAGCCCUCGCCCGUGCUCGGGUCGAAAUACAACGAAACAUAUCCGAUUCACUCGAGUUCUUCUGUUUCAUCUGUGCCGUCUACCCCUACAAGUCUCCGGUCGCGAAGUCCGAGUAUCUCAUCUCUCGAGACCAUUCCCGAUAUUCCCGACGAGGAGGCCGAGGCUUUGGAGGACGAGGAUCGUAUCGCAAAGCUCAAAGCUGCGGCUGAUGCGGCGGAAGCAACGAGCAGCAGUAACCGACGUCGCGGCAUUUCCGACGCCAAUCCAUCUGGAGCGCGGGGCACCAACCUGUAUGCCCCUCGAAAUGAGAAACGCAAACGAUGGAGUGUCUGUGGUGCAGAGCGGCGCCAAGACCUCGACUUGGAGACUAUUUGGGAAGAUUAA